AAAGUUUGCAGGUCCGAAGGUUCAUGAUACAACCAGUAUCAAUGGCAUACAACCAGAAAGAUCCUUUGGGUCCACACGUGACUCUUUGCUACGAAGACGAGAAUCAACUCCGACAUGGGACUCACGUCGCUAGCCAUGGCUAUGUUCGCGGGAAAGACGACAUUGUGUUUGUGCUCGCAACACAUGCUGGAGAGAAGAUUGACUCGGCCAAAAGGCAACAGGGCAAAAAGAUAGUAUGGCCAGCGGAAAAUGAGCUUGAGGCUGUACCAGAGAUCGGCUACGGCCAUCUUCCAAGUGACUAGAACCGGAAUCGGUGUUUGAAGUGUCUUGGUUGAUUAGAGCGGUGAUCUGCUUCUUGGGAGUACUGUCGAGUUUCAGUUGCUGAUCCAAUAGCCCUCUUAGCCUUCUGGCAAUGGACACAUGCAUAAAUUGGGCUUCAGGAUAUGAGAGUACCGUGAUCAUGAGCUUUUCUUAGAGAUAGUAAUAUACAUUCACACCUUAUAACUUUCUAAAUGUCGUCAUGAAAUGUCACUGGAAUAUUAAAAUUUUGUUAGAAUCUGG